CCCGUCAUCAUUCUGUUGCAAUCGGUGAGAGCAGGCAGCCAGAGCGUGAGCAGGACGGCAAUGGACUCUGAUCUCCAUCUCAUCCUUCUGUCUCUCUGUGUCGCGAUGAUAAAGGGAAAGGGAUUCACAGUGAACCAACCGGAUCGAUUGGAGGCUGUGGAAGGGGGAUCGAUCGAGAUCCCGUGCACAUUCACUUACCCAGACAGUUACAGACCCCCACGGAUCAACAUCUUCUGGAGAAGGUCGGAGUAUCACGGGGAAUUUAUCUUCAAUUUGUCACGGGGAUACACUCACCCUAAAUACUGAGGGCGAAUUGACUUCCUGGGAUCACCGGACACGGAGAGGACAGGAACCAUCCGGAUGAAGAAGCUGGGAUUGCGGGAUACAAACCGUUAUUUCUGUCGGGUGGCUAUAACAGGAAAUAAGAGUGAGGCCUGGCAAAGCAUCCCAGGGACCCGCCUUACUGUCCGAGCGCAGAGACCAACGACUGCGACAGCGUCGGUUCCCUCCUCAGUGAGUGCAUCCUCCGAGCACAGUGCAGAUGGUGAGGACCCACUGGCUCAGGGCCUCGUCCUCAUCAUCAGGGCGGUCAUCGCUUUCACAAUCCUGGCAACUCUUUGGCUGGUUGGAAUUUAUCUAAUGAAGAGGGAGGAAGUUGCAGAAUCGUCUGAUGGAAACAUGUGAGGACAGACCAAGUGAGAGAACAUGGGAACCAAUGGGAAUUAUCCUUAAGAAUCCCUGGAGCAAGGGAUUUAAUGGAUUACUGUGUCCUACAUAAACUCACAGUCACACAACUGACCAAUACUUUCAACAGAUGUCACCAAGCAAAGCUGAUUUGGAGCUUGCCCUUUCGGGAAGGCAUGUUAGACUGUUUGCCUUGCUGUAAUGUCUAACCAGUCUCUGUUUCCUGGGGUAAUAAACACUGUUUGCAGUGCUUGCCUGACGUGAAAUAGUGUCCACUUGCUACUAAAGAGAUUGCUUCCUGCUCCUAUUUAUAAUCUCUCGAGUAGAAGACCGGGCGUGGCUCCAACUCACGGGCUGACCCUGUGCAAAGCAGCAUUUCUUCCAUCAAACACAUUGCGAAAAGUGAGGGCUUCCCUGUCACAGAAAAUUGAUGGAGGCCUAAACGUUUGCAAAAAGGAGUGAGGUCCAGUACUUGGGGCUCUCGGGGAUCAAAGGCAAUAGGGAAGAUCGCUGAGUUGGAUGAUCAGCCAUGAUCCUAUUGAACAGGCUUGAGGGGCUGAAUGGCUUGCUUCUGUUGCAGUGUUCUGUGUUUCUAUGUGUCCAAUGUACUACAACAUUGCCACAAUAGACGGCUUUGUUAAAACAUUCUCAUUAAUUUAGCUUUUCAAGAAAGCAAGACUGAAUAUUAUGAAUUAUGCAU